UGGUAUCUGGGCAAGAAUUUAUCUGUCAGCGGAUUGGUUCGUUGCGCAAUUCUCAGUCGCUGAUUCGUUGUCACGCUAAUGUUUUUCUAACCGUCAUUUUAAAUCUUGAAAACGAACGAACGUUCUAACGGAAGAAAAGUUUGGAUGCGAAUGCGAAGUAGACGUAGUGUGACCUUCCUUUCGUUAAGACAGUGAUCGAAAGGAAACGUAGUUCAACGUGUUUUUAUAAUUAACUGAGUUUACGAUUAAGUUAUCAAAGAUUUUAUUUUAAAGUACGUUAAAACUGUUUUACUAUGUCAUUCUCAAAAGCUAGAAUUCAAAGGUUUAACGAACAGGAAAAUGAUGUUCCUGCACCUGGAGCAUAUGAUCCAAAAUUCGAUUCAAAAGUAAAAGGUAUAGUUUUGAUCGAAAAAUCAGAAAGAUUUCACGAUGACAAAAGCGUCGCCAGUGCCGAAUGCAGUUUGUCACUUUGUACUAGAAGCACGAGAACUAUAAAGCCCACUUUUAGGACGCCUCAAUUACCACGGAAGAAAUCAAAGCCGCGAUCACUUAUUCCGGUUCAAGAUCAAAAAUUCAAAUACGAGUCGCAGCAUCAGUUAGCGGAUCUUCAAGUAGAAUGUUCCAACAAAGACAAAACCAUACAAGAACAAGAGAAACACAUCGAAGAUAUGAAAGGAGAAGUACAAAAAUUACAGUUACAACUUGAGGAACUAUUUAAAAAGCAGACGCAAAUGGAAGAACAACACAAGAAGGAUAUGGAAGCGAUGGCCGAGUUACAGCAAGAAAUAUUGAACGGUCAUGACGAGAAGUAUCAAGGUGAAGUAGAAAAUCUUCGACGAAAAUUAUUAGAAGCUUCGGAAGAAAAAGGCCGCGAAAUUCAAGCGCGGAAAAUAAUUGAAAGUGAUCUUAAGGAUCGUAUUGCAGAGUUUUCGAGAAGAGUAUCUGUGCUAGAAAAACAGGUUGAUGAUCUAAAAUAUAAACAUAAUGACGAGAUUGAGCAAUUAAAAGUGUCUUUUGAAAACGAGAGAACAAUUCUUCUAAAUGAGUACAAAUUAGAAACAGCUCAGAAACUGGAAGCUGAAGUUAAAGCAAAAGAUGCUGACGAGUUAAAUAAUUUUCUUAAAGAAGAAUUACAAAAUAUCCAAAGACUGUAUAAAGAUGUUAGUAAUCGUUUACAAGAGGCACAUCAUCAACUGGAGGAAUCUGAUAAGAAAUAUAAUCUUGUCAUAAAGAAACAUACAGAAGAGGUAGCUGAUAUGAUGAAACUCCACGAGGAUGAAAAAUACCAGUUAAAUCACCAGUUAGAACAUACAAAACGAGAUUAUUUAAAAGAAAUAGAAAAUUUAACAAUGGCAAGGGAUAAAGAAAUUGCAGAAUUAAAAGAACUCACAGCUAGAAAGAUCGAAGAAGAAACGAAACGGGUAAAACAACAUGCUGACAAAAUGGUUGAAAAUGCAGAGACGGUGACGAGGGAAACAUUAGCAGCUUGCCGUGCCGAAUGCAAUGAAAGAGUUAAAAAAAUAAUCGCCGAGAACGACGCGAAAGUAAACGCUAUGAUUAGGGAAGCAAAAGCUGCAGUGGAAGAAGAAAUGCGAAUGACUGCAGAGAGAUAUAAAGCAUGUUUGGUACGAGUGGAAACUGAACGUGCAGCGUUAGAUGAAAAGUUAUCACAGAAGGACGCUGAAAUUACUAGACUUUCUAUAACACUUGAACAGUUAAAGUCCUCUGCAGAAACACAGGAAAGUUUCGGUCAGAGUUUACAAAUGGAAUUGGAUCGGGCAGAAACCGAGUUAGCGGAGAAAAAAGAAGAACUAAGAGCCUUGAAGGAUCAAAUUCGAGCAGAAGCAGCAGAAAUGGUGGCUAGAAGAAAGCGGUUUGAAAUUGUAAUGGCUGAAAAUCAAGCAUCAGUUGCUGCUUUGACCAAACGUUUGGCUCAAAGUAAUGCUGAAGUGGAAAGAUUACAACACGAAUUGAAACGCGGUGAAGAUUGCAUCAGUGAACACCGUGAUUUAUUAACCAUUAUGCGUAAUAAUUCGCAAAUGGUUCAUGAACAAGUACAUACCUUGAUGGAACAGUUGGAUGUCAAGAAAGGAUUGGUUGAUCAACUCGAAGCUGAAAGUUUGAGCGAAGUAGAAUCAUUAAAAUCUCUGUUUGAAGCUAAAAUUGAUGAUUUAAAACAGUUGGCAACAAAAGAAGUCGCGAAAUUGCAAGCUGAAUGUGCUGCAAAAACUGCUGAAAAUGCUGAAAUAAAAGCUCAGCUUCAUGAAAUGGCUGAUCAUCUCAAAGAAGCACGAAAUAUGUUGCUUAAAUUGGAAGAAACACAUGAUGCUCAACAGAUCGAAAUUUCUCGGGUGGAUUUGCUGAAUACUAAGCUUAGUGAACAAUUAAAAGAACGCGAAGAAAUUGUGAAAGAACAUGAUAAAUUAUUGAAGGAGCACUCAGAAAAAUAUGAAGCGGAAUUAAACGAGGCGAAAUCUAAAAUUCAAAAUCUUUAUGACAAAAUUAAAAAUCUUGAAGAAAGAAAUAAGGACAUUAUCUAUGUUCAGGAUAAAGCGGGAUCAUUUAAAGAAGAACAAAAUAAGUUGGAAACUUUCGAGAAAACAAUUAUGCGAGAGCUAGAAGAAGAAAGAGCUCGGCGAGAAUUCCUUGAAGUGGAAAACAAAAAGCUUACUGAAUAUAAUGAACAUAUCAUGAAAAAUUAUGAAGAACUUAAUGAAAAGUAUGCCGAACUGGUUGGCCAUCACAAUCACAGACAAAGAAUUAAGCAUCUAUCUCAACUAAAGGAUAAAAUCAGCCAAUUGGAACAGGAUUUAAGCAUAAAAAUGAGAACAAUAGAACAUCAGCAGAAAAUUAUAGACAAAUUAAAAGCAGAAGACAAACGUAUGCAUAUUAGAGGGAAGGAAAACAUGCUAACUAUUCCAAAGAGUGCUACCUCAACUCCACUUCCUUCUCCACAUAAACAACCAUUGACACCUCUGAAAAAUCGGAAAGAUUAAUCGUAGGUAGUUGAAAUCUAGCAUGCUGAAAGUAGUAUAUUAACGUGAAUUUUAAAUAGACGACUCGCAUAACAAUUGAAUUCGUUGCGGACUUUGAUGAGCAAUCAGAUGUUUUUCAAACAGUAUACAAAACGUGUAUACAUUUAGCUAUCUAUCUACAUUAAUCCAUGAAUAAAACUAGAAUAGUUUAAAGCAAUAUUUUAAGUCAUUGUUCUAUAAUUCAGCUAAUUGAAAUAUACAGAAGAUGAAACAUACAUUUUACAUGUAAAUUAAAUUAUUUUACGGUUAUAUGUUAAACGUUACAAAAGCUGUUUAUAAAAUUAUCACAACUAUACUACAUUAUUUUUAAAACAGGUAAGAAAUCAGAAUAUUUCGGACAUUUGGAUAAUUCUGAAAUGUUUGUAUGUACCAUGUAUGAGUUAGUACUGCACUAGAUUUCUAAAAAUAUAAAUAUAAAUUAUUAACAUACGAUAUAAAUUAUAUUUUAAAAUAUGAUGGAGGUCUUAUAUAUUGUAAAAUAUUUGUACCUGAUUUAUCAAGACCCAAAUUGUAACGUAAUGAAAGGUAGAAUUUUAUAAAGUCAAAGAUAUCGCUAUAUAAAUAAUUAUUUCUGUAAUUUGUAGUGCACCUGAUAUAUAUUCAAAAAGGCCAUCAUGUGGUACUUUAUAUAUUGUAGAGCCAUUUUUAUUAUUUUUAUUCUUUCGUAUUUUCCAAAGAAUAAAAUUGUUAUUAAGUUAAUUGUGAGGACCUCGGAUCAACAAUAAUGCAUGUAAACGAAAAACAUUCAUCAUCUUACUACUAAAAAUAUUUACAAAAUGCGUACAACCGGUUGCAGUAAUGCGAGAAAAAAAAUAAACCAGUCAUAAGUGUAAUUCCUGUUGGUACUAAAAAGAUGAUGGUUAAAUAAAGACUGAAGUGUUAAUAUAAUA